CGACAGUGACGUUAAAAGAGGCUAGCUAAGGUAUAUACUGAAGAAGCAUUCAAUGCGCUACCAGUAACUCCAACAGGAACGUCAUCGAUAUUACCAGAUGUUUGGUCUGGGUCUCGGAAUCUGUACAUCCAGUCAAGCUUGUCAACCAUGUGGUGCAACAUGUUAAACGACGCAAAAAUGCCCCCAUGUCAGCUCAAAGAACCAUCGGCAAAUUUGUUGAGACGCGAAAUACUUGAUCGUUUUGUACAAGGACUGAGUUCAUAUGAAUGGCGAUAUUUAAAAGAUCAACUCAAUGCACGGACGUUCCAACAAGACCCCAUGGCAGUACUGCCACUAGAGAUAAUUUGCAAUAUUGUUCCACACGUCAGCCCUACCGAUGUAGUUCGAUUAAGAAGGGUUUCACGGUUAUGGCGGACCAUGUUAAGAUCAGACGUAAUUUGCGCCGCAGUACUCGAAACGCAAUUGGCUGGUGAAUGGGAAACGCCCUCCCAAAAGCGCCGACAAAAUCAUGCCCGGGUCUAUAGCUUGGCGCAACGUCGGCAUGCAUUUGCCCAUGGAAGGCCACACAGCGUGAUAAAGGUCGACACUACUGUUGAUCUAUCGGGGCACUCCCAUCUAGAGCAGACUGAAUAUCGUCCACGGCAGCUGAGAUGUGCAGCAUAUUGCCAGGGCAACUUGACAUGGAUUAGGAAAAGCAAACAAAAUGAUAGCUCUUUAAUGGUCUUCUUUUUAUUAACCGGAAAGAGCCACGAAAUUCGGCCAAGACAGCGUGAGCGGCUGCUUUGGGCCACUAUAUCGGAAUCGCUCGCGGCAGCGGUGUCGAUCAUGGGGAUUUGUUACGUUUACGAUUUGGAGAAAUGCGAGCAGCAUUCUUUCCGGUUGCCGUCAAUAUCACUCUCCAGCUUUACCAGCAAAGGGACUUUGGUUGCUGCGGCCCUGCGCGAGAAACCCCAUACUGUUAUCAUCUGGGACCUCAAAACAGGCCGAGCGCGGUCCUUUGACGGCCUCGAUGCAUUUUACACUAUCGUCCUAGAUCCACAAAAGGAAACCCUAUUUACUUUCGACAUUCAGUGCCUUGACACGGAGCGAGCAACAUUAAAAUCGAGGGAAAUGAAUUUCAAAGGCGAAAAGCUUAAUUCUAAGGAAUUUUCCCUCGAUAUUUGGCUGGACGAAGUCACAAAUGGGGAUAUUUCCAACUUGGGACAAGCAAACUAUGCUCGAGGAGCCUAUAGCUCCUUUGGUGCCGUCCCAUAUGAUGCCAAUGGUCGAUAUGUUUUGCAUCGGUUGGUUAAGGCUGACCUAAUAGAUUUUACACGCGUCGAAUAUAUCGCAGUGUUUGAUACCAAAAGUCAUAGCUUGGAGAUCAAUGAACCACUACCAGUACGCAAGAUUUUGGAGCGGGAUUUUAUUCCUGAUAUCAAACAUGAUCAUUGCUGGAACGAUGUCGUUUACUACCUUGGUUGCGCACACUCCCCACUGCCUUUAUCAUUUGUCAGGGAUUUGCAUGAGCCUUUCACAUACAGCGUCUCUAGGCGGAGUUUCCUGCAAACGCCCAAUUUUUCGUUUGACAGCAGACGCAGAUUUUUUUCGUUUCUUGAUGAAGGUGGCGAGGAGCUCGACGAUCAGCUUCAUGGGGAUGAUGAAGAUGACGACUAUUCAGAUGAUGUUUUGUCCAGCGCUGACGGUGCCUUUAUGGUUGAAGCCAACUCAGAGGAGUUCACCAUCUGGUGUUUUGAUGAAGACUUUGCAAAAUAUGAAGUUACCUAA